CUCCUGGUCAUCACAUUUGUUAGUUACUUUGGCUCCAAACUUCACAGACCAAAAAUCAUUGGAGCAGGCUGCCUGGUCAUGGGAGUUGGAACACUGCUCACAGCGCUGCCACAGUUCUUCAUGGAGAAGUACAGCUAUGAGAAAUAUGAGAAGUACUCUCCCUCCGCCAACCUUACUCCCAACAUCUCUCCGUGCCAUCUGGAGUCCAGCAGUCUGCCACCAAGCUUAGCCACAGGGAAAUCACCAAGCAAAAUGAAUGAUGAAUGCAAAGGGGAUGCCAGCUCCUCCAUGUGGGUUUAUGUCUUCCUGGGAAAUCUUCUGCGAGGAUUAGGGGAAACUCCCAUCCAACCCCUUGGCAUUGCCUAUCUGGAUGACUUUGCCAGUGAAGACAAUGCUGCUUUCUAUAUUGGGUGUGUGCAGACAGUGGCAAUUAUAGGGCCCAUUUUUGGCUUCCUCUUGGGUUCAUUAUGCGCCAAACUGUAUGUUGAUAUUGGCUUUGUAAAUCUAGACCACAUAACCAUCACUCCAAAGGAUCCCCAGUGGGUUGGGGCCUGGUGGCUUGGUUACCUAAUAGCAGGGCUCCUAAGUCUCCUUGCAGCUGUUCCCUUUUGGUGCUUACCCAAGACUCUACCAAGAUCCCAAAGUAUAGAGGACUCUGGAUCCUCAUCUGAGAAGUCCAAGUUCAUUAUAGAUGACUCUAUUAACUACCAAAUGGCCCCUGGAGAAGAAACAAAAAUCAUGGAAAUGGCAAGAAAUUUUCUUCCAUCCCUGAAGACUCUUAUUAGAAAUCCAGUAUACAUCUUAUACCUGUGUGCAAGCACUGUUCAGUUCAAUUCUCUAUUUGGUAUGGUGACAUAUAAACCAAAGUACAUUGAGCAGCAGUAUGGGCAGUCAUCCUCCAAGACCAACUUUGUCAUUGGGCUUAUCAACAUUCCUGCAGUGGCCCUUGGAAUAUUCUCUGGGGGAAUAGUUAUGAAAAAAUUCAGGCUGGGAGUUCUCGAAGCUACAAAACUCUACUUGGGAUCAUCUGUCUUUGGCUACCUCCUCUUCCUCUCUCUGUUUGCGCUGGGAUGUGAAAAUCCUGGUGUGGCUGGACUGACUGUGACCUACCAAGGAACCAAACCUGUUUCUUAUCAUGAACGAGCUCUCUUUUCAGAUUGCAACUCAAGAUGUAAAUGUUCAGAGUCAAAAUGGGAGCCCAUGUGUGGGGACAAUGGGAUCACAUAUGUGUCAGCUUGUCUUGCUGGUUGUCAAUCCUCCAGUCAGAGUGGAAAGAACAUUAUGUUUUCUAACUGCACUUGUGUGGGACUUGCAGCCCCUACGUCAGGAAACUGGUCAGGCAUGAUGGGCAGGUGUCAGAAAGAUAACGAAUGUCCCCAAAUGUUUCUGUAUUUCCUUGUGAUUUCAGUCAUCACGUCAUAUACCUUAUCUCUAGGUGGCAUACCUGGGUAUAUAUUACUCCUGAGGUGCAUUCAACCACAUCUUAAGUCUUUUGCUCUGGGAAUCUACACCUUAGCAGUGAGAGUUCUUGCAGGAAUCCCAGCUCCUGUAUAUUUUGGUGUUUUGAUUGACACUUCAUGCCUCAAAUGGGGGUUUAAGAAAUGUGGAAGCCAAGGAUCCUGCAGAUUGUAUGAUUCUCAAGCUUUCAGACACAUAUACCUGGGACUAACCACCCUCCUUGGUAUGGUGUCCAUUUUCCUAAGCAUGGCUGUGCUUUUUAUUUUAAAGAAAAAGUACGUUUCAAAACACAGCUGCUCCAUAGCCACAAGAGGCAAAGCAGUGGCAUCUUCAAGCUUCAGGACGGAAGCACGUGCUGCAAGGGAUCGUGGGCAACAGCCCAAGUACUGGCCCGGCAAGGAGACGCGACUUUAGGAAAAUCACAGAAAACAAACAAACACUGAGGUCAUUUUAUCCAAUACAUGAAUGUUCUGCAAACAAAUAAAAUUAUAAACAAAAGGGCUUCCCCAUGUAACAUCUUUCUCCUUUUAAAAGUGUGUCUGCUUUUCUUUUGUUUUUUACUCUAAGCUAUAGAUGGUAGACCUCAAUAAAUAUCACUAAACAUAGAGAUGAAAAAAUGACUUUAAAACCUUUAACUUAUUUAUAAAUUCCUUUUAAUUAUUUUUUCAUUUGUGCUUCAUCUGUGUGGUGUCCGUUGAUAUGUAAGAUGUAUUCCUGGGGGGGGGGUCUCUCAUGUCAGAUUAUGAUAUGUUCUCAUUAAACUGAGUCACUUGUCCAGAAUACACUUUGAGUCGUUCCUAAGGAGAGCCAUUGGUUCUAGAUUCUUCUUGAAAUGCAGCAGUUGAUACAGAAAAGGUUCGUGACAGAGUGGCCUUGAAAGGCUAUUUUAAGUUAUUAGUUUCCCUCACUAAUCAUUUACAUCUGUUCAUUGUGACAUUAGAAGCAUCCAUGGUCAUAUUGUUGUUACUGUCACUGUGCUUUGUUGUCUGUGCAUUCAAUGAAUUAAAAUAUUUGAA